GGAAAAGUCAGCCCACUUACAUAAGCCUGUGGCUGCGACCCCAGGGAGACCAGCCUGGACAGCAGGUGCACAGCCCCUCCCUCGACGGCAACAAAGAAUUUUCAGCUGGACCCCAGCAUGGAGACAGCCACCACGCUGGAGAUAGCUUCAUGCUCCCAGCGGCUGGUAGAAGAAGCUGCUGACCCAGCGGAUGCUGAAGGACCCCGGACUUCACGUCAACAGGAGGCAGGCAGCCCCUCUCUGCAGCUCCUGCCCUCUAUUGAAGAGCACCCCAAGAUCUGGCUACCUCGGGCCCUGAGGCAGACUUAUAUCCGGAAGGUUGGGGAGACAGUGAAUCUACUAAUCCCAUUCCAGGGUAAGCCCAAACCUCAAACCACUUGGACUCACAAUGGCUGUGCCCUGGACAACAGUCGUGUCAGCGUGAGGAAUGGGGAGCAUGACUCCAUUCUUUUCAUCAGAGAGGCCCGACGCACUGAUUCAGGAUGCUACCAACUCUGUGUGCAGCUUGGUGGGCUGCAGGCCAUGGCCACCAUCAAUAUCCUGGUGAUCGAGAAACCAGGUCCUCCUCAGAGUAUUAAGUUGGUGGAUGUUUGGGGCGCCAAUGCUACUCUGGAAUGGACACCUCCACAAGAUACAGGCAAUACAGCUCUCCUGGGAUACACGGUGCAGAAGGCUGACAAAAAAUCUGGGCUCUGGUUCACAGUACUGGAGCAUUAUCACAGAACCAGCUGCAUUGUCUCCAACCUCAUUGUUGGCAACUCCUAUGCCUUCCGUGUCUUUGCCGAGAACCAGUGUGGGCUCAGUGACACAGCCCCUGUCACAGCUGACCUUGCCCACAUCCAAAAAGCAGCUACUGUUUACAAGGCCAAGGGGUUUGCCCAGCGGGACCUCUCAGAAGCCCCCAAGUUCACCCAGCCUCUGGCAGACUGGACUACAGUCACUGGCUAUGAUACCCAGCUCUUCUGCUGUGUGCGUGCCUCUCCCAGGCCCAAGAUCAUCUGGCUAAAGAACAAGAUGGACCUCCAAGGCAACCCAAAGUACAGAGCCCUCAGUCAGCUGGGGAUCUGCUCCUUGGAAAUCCGCAAGCCUAGCCCCUUUGAUGGCGGCAUCUACACCUGCAAGGCCAUCAAUGCUCUGGGGGAGGCAUCCGUGGACUGUCGGGUGGACGUUAAAGCUCCUCAUUAAGGCUCUUCUGAGAAGACAGGAUAUCCGAGGAAGGGCCUCCUGGGGAGCCUGACUCUGACAAGACUGUGUUCUCAAGGAGCAUUAGCUGGCUUGGCCUAGACUAAAUAAAUGUAUAGAUCCUCAA